UCUUCAGAAAACACCAACAAGAAGGAUAACUUGAAACACUCCUGACCCCUUCACUUUGAAUUUCUUGACUGCACUACAAGCAACCAGAAUGUCGGGGGCUUCAGUGAAGGUGGCUGUUCGGGUCCGGCCCUUCAAUUCCCGAGAAACCAGCAAAGAAUCCAAAUGUAUCAUCCAGAUGCAAGGCAACUCAACCAGUAUUAUCAACCCAAAGAAUCCUAAGGAAGCACCAAAGUCCUUCAGCUUCGACUACUCUUAUUGGUCCCACACAUCGCCUGAAGAUCCCUGCUUUGCGUCUCAGAACCGUGUGUACAAUGACAUUGGGAAGGAGAUGCUGCUGCAUGCCUUUGAGGGCUACAAUGUAUGCAUUUUUGCCUAUGGACAAACCGGCGCUGGGAAAUCCUACACUAUGAUGGGCAAACAGGAGGAGAGCCAAGCAGGCAUAAUCCCCCAGCUAUGUGAGGAACUGUUUGAGAAAAUCAAUGACAACAGCAAUGAAGAAAUGUCAUAUUCUGUAGAGGUGAGUUACAUGGAGAUUUACUGUGAGAGAGUCAGAGACUUGUUGAACCCGAAGAACAAAGGGAAUUUGCGGGUGCGAGAACAUCCUCUGCUUGGACCAUAUGUGGAAGAUCUGUCCAAGUUAGCAGUCACAUCUUAUACAGACAUUGCAGACCUCAUGGAUGCUGGGAACAAAGCCAGGACCGUGGCAGCUACCAACAUGAAUGAAACCAGCAGCCGCUCUCAUGCUGUGUUUACAAUUGUCUUUACUCAGAAGAAACAUGACACAGAAACUGAUCUUUCCACAGAGAAGGUCAGCAAGAUCAGCCUUGUGGAUCUAGCUGGGAGUGAGCGGGCUGAUUCAACUGGUGCCAAAGGAACCCGAUUAAAGGAAGGAGCAAAUAUAAACAAGUCUCUCACAACUCUGGGCAAAGUUAUUUCAGCACUAGCUGAAGUGGAUAACUGCACUAACAAGAGUAAAAAAAAGAAGAAGACAGACUUCAUACCAUACAGGGAUUCUGUACUAACAUGGCUUCUUCGAGAAAAUCUAGGUGGUAACUCCAGAACUGCGAUGGUUGCUGCUUUGAGUCCGGCAGACAUAAACUAUGAUGAAACUUUGAGCACUUUAAGAUACGCUGAUCGUGCAAAACAGAUUAAAUGCAAUGCUGUCAUCAAUGAAGAUCCCAAUGCCAAGCUGGUGCGUGAGCUGAAGGAGGAGGUGACAAGGCUUAAGGAUCUCCUGCGUGCCCAAGGGCUGGGAGAUAUUAUUGACAUUGAUCCAAUGGGAGAUGAAUACUCUGGAAGUGGAGGCAAAUAUUUGAAAGAUUUUCAGAACAAUAAACAUAGAUACUUGCUAGCCUCCGAGAAUCAACGUCCUGGCAAUUUUUCCACAGCCUCCAUGGGGUCCCUCACUGCAUCUCCAUCCUCCUGCUCUCUCAGUAGUCAGGUGGGCUUAACAUCUGUGUCCAGUAUACAGGAAAGAAUCAUGUCAACACCUGGAGGAGAAGAGGCAAUUGAACGUUUGAAGGAAUCUGAGAAGAUCAUUGCAGAGCUGAACGAAACAUGGGAAGAAAAGCUGCGGAAAACUGAGGCCAUUAGGAUGGAAAGGGAGGCAUUGUUGGCAGAAAUGGGAGUUGCCAUUCGGGAAGAUGGAGGAACACUGGGAGUCUUCUCACCUAAAAAGAUUUUGCCUCAGAGGCCCUCAGCUUUUUUUGAUGACUCUUUUGAUGCAUUUUCAGCUGAUCAGAUUUUCACACCAAGGCCUUGUGACUUGUUUGCUGAUUCCAGUGGGGUUUUUUCACCAAAGAAGACUCCUCAUCUUGUAAACCUUAAUGAAGAUCCACUCAUGUCUGAAUGUCUGCUUUACUACAUCAAAGAUGGUAUUACUAGGGUUGGCCAAGCUGAUGCUGAGAGAAGGCAAGACAUUGUAUUGAGUGGGGCUCAUAUCAAAGAAGAACACUGUAUCUUUCGAAGUGAGAGGAAUAACAAUGGUGAAGUUAUUGUUACUUUGGAGCCUUGUGAACGAUCAGAAACCUAUGUUAAUGGCAAGAGGGUUGUGCAGCCUGUGCAGUUGCGUUCAGGGAAUCGUAUAAUCAUGGGUAAAAAUCAUGUCUUCAGAUUCAACCAUCCAGAGCAAGCACGAGCAGAACGAGAGAAAACACCAUCAGCUGAGACUCCCUCUGAGCCAGUUGACUGGACGUUUGCUCAGAGGGAGCUUCUGGAGAAGCAGGGCAUUGACAUGAAGCAGGAGAUGGAGAAAAGAUUACAAGAAAUGGAGAUUUUGUAUAAGAAAGAGAAGGAGGAAGCUGAUCUCUUGUUGGAGCAGCAAAGGCUGGACUAUGAGAGUAAGCUGCAGGCCUUACAGAAGCAGGUAGAGACACGGUCCUUGGCAGCUGAAACAACAGAGGAGGAAGAAGAGGAAGAAGAAGUGCCCUGGACACGACAUGAGUAUGAACUCGCCCAGUGGGCUUUCAGGAAGUGGAAAUUUCACCAGUUUACUUCACUGAGGGACCAACUCUGGGGAAAUGCAGUAUAUCUGAAAGAAGCCAAUGCAAUCAGUGUAGAGUUAAAGAAAAAGGUGCAGUUUCAGUUUGUCCUGCUGACAGACACCCUCUACUCACCACUGGCACCAGAGCUUUUGCCCACAGAGUUAGAGAAGACCCGGGACAACAGACCUUUCCCCCGUACGGUGGUAGCUGUGGAAGUCCAGGAUCUGAAGAACGGAGCAACACAUUACUGGUCCUUAGAAAAACUCAAGCAGAGGUUGGACCUAAUGCGUGAGAUGUAUGACAGAGCUGGGGAAAUGGCAUCUAACACACAGGAUGAGAGUGAAAGCACAAUGACAGGCAGUGACCCCUUUUACGAUCGCUUUCAUUGGUUCAAGCUUGUUGGAAGCUCCCCCAUAUUCCAUGGCUGCGUGAAUGAGCGUCUUGCUGAUCGCACGCCCUCCCCCACUUUCUCCACGGCUGACUCUGACAUCACUGAACUGGCUGAUGAACAGCAGGAUGAGAUGGAGGACUUUGAUGAUGAGGCCUUUGUGGAUGAUACUGGCUCCGACGUUGGAACUGAGGAGGGAUCAGACCUCUUCAAUGAUGGGCGCGACCCGUUUUACGACCGAUCCCCUUGGUUCAUUUUAGUGGGAAGAGCAUUUGUAUACCUGAGCAAUCUACUGUACCCGGUGCCUCUUAUUCACAGAGUAGCUGUUGUUAGUGAGAAAGGAGAAGUACGAGGAUUUCUGCGAGUAGCAGUGCAAGCUAUAGCAGCUGAUGAAGAAGCCCCAGAUUAUGGAUCUGGUAUUCGACAGUCUGGCACAGCUAAAAUUUCAUUUGAUAAUGAAUAUUUUGAUAAGAGUGAUUUUUCUUCAGUUGCGAUGACUCGGUCUGGACUAUCAUUGGAAGAAUUAAGAAUUGUGGAAGGGCAAGGACAGAAUUCUGAGGUUACUACUCCUCCAGAGGAGAUCAACAGAAUGAAUGAGCUAGACUUGAAGUCAGCCACUUUGGAUGGGAAGAUGACUAUGGAAGGAUUCACCGAGGAAAUUGGUGAUCACUUGAAACUGGGUAGUGUGUUUACCUUCCGUGUGACAGUGCUACAGGCCAGCGGCAUCCUUCCUGAAUAUGCAGAUAUUUUCUGCCAGUUCAACUUUUUACAUCGCCAUGAUGAAGCUUUCUCAACAGAACCUCUCAAAAACAAUGGUCGAGGGACUCCCCUUGGGUUUUACCAUGUUCAGAAUAUUGCUGUGGAAGUGACGGAAUCAUUUGUGGACUACAUCAAAACGAAGCCUAUUGUGUUUGAAGUCUUUGGGCAUUACCAGCAGCAUCCUCUCCAUCUGCAAGGACAGGAUCUCAACAGCCCUCCACAGCCUUCCCGAAGAUUCUUUCCUCCCCCUAUGCCACUCUCAAAGCCAGACCAUGAAAGAAAAAUUGAGUUGAUUAGGUAUCUUAUGUCUGGCUAUGUAAACGUGCAUGUGCUGAACACGCUAUCCGAGCAUGCCAACGUGCUUGCAUCCUCUGCUGUGGCUGCUUUCCAGGAUGGAGCUGACCAGCUGCCACCUUUUCUCUUUCUGCCUGUUCCCAGUUGUCAGAGUGAGCGGGUUCCUAAACGAGAUGUGCCGGCGACAAAGCUAAAUACUAUGAGCAAACCCAGCUUGGGCCAGAGUGUGAGCAAAUAUGACCUCCUUGUGUGGUUCGAGAUCAGCGAAUUGGAGCCGACAGGGGAGUAUAUUCCUGCUAUUGUGGACCACACUGGAGGCCUGCCCUGUCAGGGGACGUUCCUGCUUCACCAGGGAAUCCAGCGUAGAAUCACAGUCACAAUCAUCCAUGAGAAGGGCAGUGAGUUGCACUGGAAAGAUGUGCGAGAGCUUGUUGUCGGGCGCAUAAGAAAUAAAGCAGAGGUGGAUGAAGCUGCUGUGGAUGCUAUUCUGUCUUUGAAUAUUAUCUCUGCAAAGUACCUGAAGUCCUCUCACAGCUCCAAUAGGCUCUUUCUUGAUAAGGAUAUGCCUAGGACUUUCUAUCGGUUUGAAGCAGUUUGGGACAGCUCUUUGCACAACUCGCUUCUCCUCAAUCGAGUGACACCGUAUGGAGAGAAGAUAUAUAUGACCCUUUCUGCUUACCUGGAGCUUGACCACUGCAUCCAGCCUGCUGUUAUAACAAAGGACGUUUGUAUGGUCUUUUAUUCACGAGAUGCCAAGAUCUCCCCGCCACGAUCACUACGCAGUCUUUUUGGCAGUGGCUACUCCAAAUCUCCAGAUUCCAAUCGAGUAACUGGGAUCUAUGAACUGAGUUUAUGCAAAAUGGCAGACACAGGAAGUCCAGGAAUGCAGAGGAGGAGGAGGAAAGUCCUAGAUACAUCUGUGGCUUAUGUGCGAGGAGAAGAGAACCUGGCUGGUUGGAGGCCCAGGGGUGACAGCCUCAUUCUAGAGCAUCAGUGGGAAUUGGAGAAGCUAGAGCUGCUGCAUGAGGUGGAAAAAACCCGACAUUUCCUUCUGCUUCGUGAAAAGCUUGGUGACAGCAUCCCCAAGUCCCUGAGUGACUCACUGUCUCCCAGUCUGAGCAGUGGAACCCUCAGUACCUCCACCAGCAUUUCCUCACAGAUUUCAACUACAACAUUUGAGAGUGCUGUGACGCCCAGUGAGAGCAGUGGCUAUGACUCAGCAGACAUAGAGAGCCUGGUGGAUCGGGAGAAGGAGCUGGCCACUAAGUGUCUGCAGCUGCUUACUCACACUUUCAAUCGGGAGUUUAACCAGGUGUACAACAGCAUCAGUGAUUGUAAGUUGUCAGAUAUUUCUCCGAUUGGGCGGGAUCCAUCCGUGUCAAGUUUCAGCAGUGCUACCCUCACACCUUCAUCUACCUGCCCUUCUCUGGUGGACUCAAGAUGCAAUUCAAUUGAUCAGAAGACACCAGAAGCAAAUUCUCGUGCCUCCAGUCCCUGUCACGAGGUGGAACAGUUCCAGAUAAUUCCUGCGGUAGAAACUUCCUAUCUUGCCAGAGCUGGAAAGAAUGAAUUCCUAAACCUCGUUCCUGAUAUUGAGGAAAUCAGACCAGGCUCUGUGGUCUCAAAGAAAGGAUACCUCCACUUCAAGGAGCCACUCUCCAGCUCCUGGGCCAAGCACUUUGUGGUGGUUCGCCGUCCCUAUGUUUUUAUUUACAACAGUGACAAAGAUCCUGUAGAAAGAGGAAUCAUAAACUUAUCCACAGCUCAGGUGGAAUACAGUGAGGAUCAGCAGGCAAUGGUAAAGACACCCAACACAUUUGGUGUAUGCACGAAGCAUCGUGGGGUCCUGCUCCAGGCCAUCAAUGACAAAGACAUGAAUGACUGGUUAUAUGCCUUCAAUCCACUUCUUGCUGGCACAAUACGGUCAAAACUGGCUCGAAGACGCACGGGCCAGCUGAAGUACUGAGUCCAUGUAAUGUUCUCAUCCGUUCGCCCUAACUCACCUUCUGAUAGAUAGUGUUACCUCUCAUUUUCUCUUUGUGAUUCUUGACAGUUUCUCUUGUAUGUAUCCUGUGGCUUAACAUCCCCUACCUUCCCAACUCCUUCAGCACAUUUUGUAGGUAUUCUAACACUACCUUGUUUCUUUUCACUUGUACCAAGAAUCGUACUAGUAGCAUGUGGCAAAAAAAAAAAAAAAAAAAAAAAAAAAAAAAAGAAAAAAUAGAGUGAUUAUGCACGACUCUAAAAAGAAAAAAAAAAAGUUAUUUAUUUUUUUUUUCUUGUAACAAUUGUUUUCCCAUUUCAACUGACCUUUUGGUGUCUGUCCCACUGUCCAUUGUUGUCUGUCUAGACUGCUGCAGGUUUUUCAUUCAAUUUGUGACUUGGCAGUAGUCAUUGGUUCCCUCAGGGCAAAGUUCUAAUGCCAGGGAAAGAUAAAUUCUUCUAUGUAGACAUUACCCAGCCAGGAACUGCAAUAGCUCCUCAGGCUUUCUGGAUCCAGGCUCUAAUUUAAACUCUGUUGAAAGCUGAUAUUGGACAAAUUUAUCUGGGCAGAGUGGAUUUUGGACUUGGUGCAAGUUUUUGAGUUUCCAGGGUCCAACGAGCUAAGGCAUGAGCUGGAAAAACCAAGAGGAGCUGGAUAGAAUAACCUGCCUUUAAACUCUUGCUGUGAGGUUUUAGGUGAACAGUGCUUGGCUUUAACCCUCCCAAAACAUUAACGCUCACUCCUCUGCCUCUGAACUGAGGAGAUGGAAUUUGUGCUGAUGUGAGGAAAAAUAAAGCACAUCGCUGAAAUAUUAGAAAUAAUCCCUGAAGUUUUAGAUGCUCGGCCUCGUAUUUGGCAGAUUGAGAGCGUUAAGCAGAAACGGGUCAGUGUGGCUGUUCCCCAGAGCGCUUUCAGGAGAUCACCACGGGAGGGCACCAUCCCCUUUCUGCUUUUGGUUCUGACUUCCGAGUUCCUGUAGCAACAGUCGUCACCUCUCUUGGAAGAGAUUGACGGGUUGUCACUGGUAUGUUCGGGUAGAUUGCUCUUGGGCGUCGUUCUGAAAGGCCUGCUUCGUGCAUGCGUCCCUGAUCUGCACAUGGCGAGAGCAUCCUCUGUCUACAAAAUACUUUAGACACUUAGCACUGGCAGUAUUCUCUAGGGAACAGCAGGACACUUUCACUUCCUUUUGGAAUAACUGUUGAAUGUCUCCUAAUUUCCCUGCUACAGUUUUCAUCAGCUAAAACCCCCUAGUUAGUUUUAACUUCAGAAUUAAUCCUUCCUGGAGGACGGAUCAAGGGGACUCUGGUCCUGGUCAGUGGGGUGUAAUAAUUGGCUUCUUGGAGAUCAGCUGCAUGGUGUUAGUUCUUGACCUACAAUGUAAGUUCUCCUUGUGGCCAAAAUUUUGGUCCUUGCCCUGAGAAAGGAAAGCAGAAUGAAUUUCCUUUUUGAGAAGUGAACUCAUCUUUCAUAGUUAGGUUUUCAGGGAGGUUGGGGAGGGGGGUUGUUUGGGUUUUUUUACUAUGUUUCAGACUGCUGUGCUAUACUUUCUUGACUUACCUUGGGCACUAAUAGGGCUAGCUGUGAUCCUGGGCGAUGUACAGGAAUUUCGUCCUGAGGUUCGAACCUCUCAAGGGAGAGGUAAAAGGGUUUUGUUCUACUAUUACAGUAGGCACAUCUAGGCACACUCCAGCUCAAGAAGGUCAUUUUGAUUCAGCUCACUCAUCAGCAGGCCAUGCCAUGCAUUGGAAAUUCUAUGGCAGAAGUGUACGUGGGACUGGCAUCAGCUGAGCAAUUUUUUAGCUUUAUGGGGUUUUCAUUCUUCAGUAGAGUGCAAUGCAUAGUGAGACCUCCUAAAGGCAUGGCUGGCAAAGGAGCAGGGAGGUGGAGUCUGACACUUGCUGGGACAUAUCUUCAUUUAUUUUGAGAUAGUACUCAAGCUAAGUCAUGUGCUCAUGCUAUCUCCUAUGGUCCUCAGAUUUAUUUCAGAACUGGAAGCCAGAGUGAUGGAGCAUCCUGGGGACCCAGGAGCAUAAUAGGGAUGUUGUUUGUGUUUUGUUUUGUUUUGUUUUUUUCCAUUCUGUUUUUGUCUUGUUUAAUUGUGUGUGACUCUUAAUACAGUGACGAUAUUCCUUUGUUACGCAAUGGAUGAUAGUGCACUUCCAGUGUGUGGAGAAGUAAGACUGCUAGUGCUGCAAGAGGGCUCCUCAGGCUGGAGCUAAGCUGAUCUGAAGAAUUAGGUUAAUUUAAGCACUAAGUUGUUGCUGCCAUCACCACUGUUUAUAAUGAAAGUGGAACCGGUUUGAGGAGGCGUAGUGAUUGAGGUGGUGAUAUUUUGUGACACACUGCGAGCAUUUUAAUUUUUAUCUUUUCUUUUUUUAACUAGAAGAAAACUAGUUUGCUAAGUCUUUGCUUUGGAUAAGCCAGAAAAUGAACUAAGGGGUUAUAGGCAUUGCUUAGAAACAUGAUUAAGGGAUCUUCCUUUAAAAGCAGGAAGAGACAGAUGCUUAUUUUAUGCAGAGCUGGAAGUGUUACAGCUGUGUUACGUAAAUGUUAACUCUUCUGAAGACUCCAAGCAGCUUCUGAUGACUUGAUGUCUAUGUGGAUAACAUCAUCAGAAGAGCAAAAUUCUAUUUUUAAGCAUCGGUACCUCUUAAAGCUGCAUAAUCUGUGACAAAAUAGAUUCUUUAUGUGUGGAGUUCAAAUGGGCAUUACUGUUUUCAGACGUACAGUUACAGUUUUUCACCAGUUACUGAAGCCUACUUUGAGACAUGUUUCCCUACCUGAAACUGGACUGAAAUCACUUCAGAUUUUCUUUAAAAGGAUAACUAAGCAAAAAAAAAAAAAAAAAAAAAAAAAAAAAAAAAGUGGAUUUCCAUUCCCUUUAAAGCUUUUUCUAUGUAGCCCAACAUGUCAGAAAUUUCUAUUUAGAAACAGACCAAGAAGGGAAAAGUGUGCUAAGCUGCCUUCUCUUGACAUUUAAAAACCCACGCUUGGUUACCUGCUGCAUGUAUGUGAAGUCCUGGAGUCAGACAGCUCUUGGGACUCGGCCACUGGAGACGAGGCAUCAUGCUGUGGGCCUGCCAGCCCAUCGAGCAUAAGCACUGGUAGUAAACUUGAUAGGCAUUUCUUGGAGAGAAUGAGUGUGAAACUGUGCUGUAGUUUGGGGUUUUUAUGUUCCGCACUUAAAGGAAGGAGAAAAUUAUCUUUUUUGUCUAUUGAAAACCACGUUGUUGGAUAUUUUGAAACUAAACUAAACCUCCUAUACUGUAUUUUAGAAAUGCACUUUAAGUACCUUUUUAAAGAAGAUUCCUAUAUUCUGGGAUGCAGAAGGGAAGGGAAAAUUAAUUCCGGACCACUGAGAAAAGGGUUUUUUUGGUCAGUGUCUAAUAGUCCUUAUUACUGAUUAGCAAGGUAUUUCAAAGCAAAGACUUUACUUUUUGCUGCUUGUUAUCUAAUUUACAGGGAUUUCAUUUUAUGUAACGUAUAUUUAUACAUCUGUAAUUAAUUGCACAUUAGAUAAGAAAGAGGAUUAACCUUGGUGUAACACCCACUGGUACUAUACAAUCAACUAAUACUGCCUAUGCAUAUGCAUCUUUCUGGUACUCUUGCAGAGCCUUAGUCUGUGUUAGUUUUAUACUGUGGUGGGUGUUUUUGUUGAAGAUGCAGCCGUUGACCUGCUGCUCAAAGGAAGGAUAUAAUGCUGCUCUGGAACGGUUUGCUGAAUGUACUUUAAAAUGGGUCUCUAACAUGUGUGCGUUGCAUCUCUCCAUUGUGGUUAAUAACCCCAAUAUGUGGUCUGAACUGUACUGUAUGUAGCAGGAAUGUAUUAAUUUUGUGCUUCCUUGUUUAAAAACAUCAGCUGUUCAAGAAGGGGAUUGACUUUUUUUGUUCAGAAGGCCAUUUAUGCACUCUAAAGUAUUUGAAAUCAAAACUAGUCCAACACCUAACCAGAUGGUUGUGUCCAAUGUUAUCUGGAACAGUUUUUAAAUCAACAGGAUUAGCUGUGCAUUCAGAAAACUGAGGGUAUGGAGGUCAUAAGUCUUCAAUUCUUAAUGUUGCCAAGUUAAUGGCCUGAUCCUGAGCAGUCCUGAACUACUUCUUGCUUGCCUUGAAACCAGGGACUAGAAGCAGAGGGAGUCUUGAAUGAUCAGCACUUCCCAGGAUCAGUUCUUAAUUUUCCACUCUGCUUGUUCAUACUUCAUGUGCAGUUGAUUAAGGUUCUUGAAUUUGGACAUGAGACAUUCUGUUGCACUGAAAUACAUAUUUCUUUUUAAAUGCGGUCCCCAUUUCCCUGUUUAAUCUCUCUGUACACAAGGUAUACAAGGUAUAUGCUGUGUAAGUGGCCUUCUUGAACAAAUCUCUGCAAACUGAUUUCAUCCCAGCGAAGGAGUGUAUCAGCAACACUGUACAUUAAUUUCAGGUUUUCAUUUUCUUAUUUUAUUUUGUAAAUAUAUCUGAUAUUUGGAGCUUGAGUAUACAAAAUGUAAAUAUAGUUCAUGUAUUUGUACUAAUUCUGAUCCAUUUGCUGUAUAGCCUUAGGUGUGCAAUGCAGAUAUCUAACUGUGUAUGGUAACCUUGCACCACUGAAUUGUUAGUGAACGAGGUGAAACAAUAAAGGUACAACCAGUGCAUUAGCAGA